AUGGCCGACGACAGCGACGGCGAGUACAUCGAAGGCAUCUCCGACGAUGACCUCGCCGACCACCGUGUGACGAGCGGCCGAGGCCACGCCGGCCCCAGCGAUGCCAGAUCCAACCGACAUGCUGCCGCCGCCGCCUCCUCACGCAGCGGCCGCGGGCAACGACCACGAGGGCAGAAGAGCAAGCACGCGAAGCGCGCGGCCUGGGAGGAGGGAAAGUUCACCUGGGAUGUUCCCGAGGAUGAAGAGGGCAACGUCUCUCUCACCGCCCUCCUCGAGGCCGAGAAGCGGCGCCGCCUGCUGCGCGACACAACCCCCUUCCAGCGAGGCAUCAUCCGGCACAUGGUCCUGGUCCUGGACAUGUCCUUUGCCAUGCUCGAGAAGGACCUGCUGCCAAACCGGUACAUACUCAUGAUGCACUAUGCGGUGGACUUUGUGAGGGAGUACUUUGAGCAGAACCCCAUCUCGCAGCUGGGCAUCAUUGCCAUGCGCGACGGUGUCGCCGUCCACAUCAGCGAGAUGAGCGGCAACCCGGCAGAUCACAUCGACUGGCUGAGGCAUUGGGAGAAGAAGUUCGAGCCCAGGGGUAACCCAAGCUUGCAGAACGCUCUGGAGAUGUCCCGCGGCGAUCUUUUUCACGCCCCCUCCCACGGCACUCGCGAAGUCCUCAUCGUCUACGGCGCUCUUCUCUCCAGCGACCCUGGCGACAUCCACGACACCAUCGAAAGCCUCAUAGCAGACAAGAUACGAGUGUCCGUUGUCGGCCUCGCCGCCCAGGUGGCUGUCUGCGCCGACCUGUGUUCCAGGACAAAUGGGGGCGACGCGGGUUGUUACUCAGUCGCGAUGCACGAGCAGCACUUUCGAGAACUAUUCCUGGCCAGCACGACUCCACCCGUGACCCGGCAGACGGAGCGGAGCAGUGCCAGCUUGCUAAUGAUGGGCUUUCCUUCACGGACGAAAGCCGAAUACUACAAUGCAUCUGCCGAGGCUGUAAAAGCCAGUGGAAGCGCCAGGGAUAGCACGGAUGGCGCCAGCCGGCCCUCCAGCGACAAGAAAGACGCCAUCAGCCUGUGUGCGUGCCACAACAAGCCGUGCCGAGACGGAUACCUCUGCACGCGAUGCUCGACCAAGGUGUGCCGCCUGCCAGCAGAGUGUCCCGCGUGCGGCCUGACCUUGAUUCUCUCGACCCAUCUUGCACGAUCCUACCAUCACCUGUUCCCCCUUCGCAACUGGGUCGAAGUCCCGUGGGGCGAGGCCGACAAGUCGACCGCUUGUUAUGCCUGCUUGACGCCUUUCCCCGAGCCACCGAAAUCCAGAGGCAAGGCAAGGGAGCUUGCCGAGAAGAACGCAGGCGACAAGGUCAAGGGCAUCAGCGAGAGUAGCCGGUACGCCUGCGAGGUGUGCGGCAACCACUUCUGCAUCGACUGCGACGUCUUUGCGCACGAGAUUGUCCACAACUGCCCUGGGUGCCAGAGUGACACCCGGGCUGCGGCUCAGCUGGAGGCAGACUUGCAGGCGGCCGAGAAUGGCGUCACGCAUGCCAACGGGAGCAUGAUCGUGGAUUAG